AUGCUGCGCACGGUCCGCCCCAACUCCAGACUCGUUCAAGUGGCCGCCCGCAGGGCCCAUCGCUGUCCCAUCCAGCAGUACCAGGACAUCCCGGCGGACCGGCGCCGGCCGGUGCUGUGUGACGGCGAAAGUCUGGCGUACGACGAGGUCAGCGGGAGGUUCGACGCGGCUCGCGUGGAGGCCGGCGUGCGGUGGUUCGAGGCUGCUGGACACCGGGCUGCGGCGGUUGUUCCGCGGGAUUUAUGGGGGAAGGUGGAGAAUUCUUAUGGGUUGGAGAACCUGCAGAACGAGGGGAAACUGGUGGUGGUGGACUGUUCCGGUGGAAGCGCGGAGGAGAACGAGCAGCUGGAGCGGGAGUUGCUGGAGAAGGCGGUGGGUGAGGAAGCGGUGGUCAUUUCGGAGCGAGAGUUUCGGCAGGUUUACUGGAACUAUGCUAAUGUGAGGCCGGUUGUGGAGGGUCGGGUGGUUGGGUUUUGCUUUUUCAAGGGGGCUAUUUUCAUCCCGGUUGAUCCGUAUGGGAGGAAUCGUCCGUUCUUGAGUUCGAUUCUUUCGAAGUAA